CUUCACUCACUCUGCAAAAUGUGGCGGAAGCACUUUUCUCAACUUUUGUUGCCGUUCUUGGAGAGAAUUCCAAAACAAUUUCCGAAUUCGACAUCUCGAUUUUGUCGCCAUUCAUCUACCUCUUGUCAGUUGGAAGUUACUCAGGUCAAGUCGAGGUCACUGAUUCGUCUCCGUGGGGCCGAAUCGCUUCCCCUUCUUCAAGGCCUCCUCACCAACGACGUCGCCCAUUUAGAGACGAAAUCCUCGUUUUACACCCUCCUUCUCAACCACCAGGGUCGAGUCCUCUUCGACGCCAUCGUUUACAAGUCGCCCUCCGACGAGGACAGCGUUCUUCUCGAAUGCGACUCUGCCUUUCGGUCAAAACUCGUCAGUCACUUGAAACUGUACCGGUUAAAGAGAAAAGUCGAGAUCGAGGCGGAAGAUAAACUCGCGGUUUGGGUGGCUUAUGACGCCGCACACUUAUCUGGUUUUCGUAUUACGUCUGCUGGACAUACACAUCCAUCAGUGUUGUAUAAUUUGAGUGAUAAUUGUUGUGAACCUUUAACCAACUACAGCAGCAAGAGGGAAGACUUUCCAGCCAAAGUUUUAGAUAUUUCCAACGUGACCCAUUUUGGCGAUCCUAGACUGGCUGAAUUGGGAUGGAGGAUAUUUGGACCUGCUGAAAUUAAUACAGAACAACUAUUUCCUGGGAUAUCAUCAUCCCAGAAUAUUUCUGUGAAGGAUAGUGAGGAGGGGUAUAAGGCACUCAAGUACACACUGGGAGUUGGGGAAGGUGUCGUUGACAUCCCUUUUGGGAACUCAUUUCCAUUGGAAGCGAAUGGAGAUUAUUUACAUGGGAUCAGCUUUCACAAGGGGUGUUAUUUGGGACAAGAACUGACUGCUAGGACACAUCACACGGGCGUUGUAAGGAAAAGAUUGAUGCCAUUUAGACUGACAACAGCAAUCGAUGACAAAAUUCUUGGAGACGUCCAAUCUAUUCAAAUUCUAAACGGAAAAAAGCGACCGGUAGGAAAAGUACGUGGAUUGCACGGAAAUCUUGGCAUCGCAUUGUUUCGGGUGGAAGAAACGCUAUCAGCAUCAACAUUAACAUUAAACGAUACUUUAAUCACAGUCAGUAAACCUAGUUGGUGGCCUGUAGAAGCAUCCAAAGAUAUUUCUCUAGGAAGAAAAUAAUCAUAGUUUAUUUAUACGUAU